CAAAAAACGCGACUUCUCGCGUGCGGCGGCGCAUGUUUCAAGACCGGGAACAGACGGAGCGCGUUCAGGCAAACAGAAAACUUCUACAUAUCACAGGGCUGGAGGGAGCACAGCUGUCUCUCUCUAACCUUCUGACAGCUGUUGAAGCCAAAGAGCUGCUGGGUAGUGUUACUGCUGCUGUCCCCAGUCAAUAUACAUUCCAAAAGCGUUGCUGUCAUGCCACCGAAAAAGGCCACCACCAAACGGAAGUCAGAUGCUAUUGUGGAGGAUGAUAAAGGCUCCAAGAAGGUUAAAGUUUCCCACAGGACUCAUGGCAAGGAGCCGGGUCAGGUCCUUGUUUUGGGACAGGGUGAUGUUGGACAGUUGGGUUUAGGCGAGAACGUCAUUGAGAGGAAGAAGCCGGCACUUCUGUCCUUACCAGAGAAAAUGGUCCAAGUGAUAGCUGGAGGCAUGCACACCGUGUGCCUCAGCGACACCGGUCAUGUCUACACUUUUGGCUGUAACGAUGAAGGGGCCCUUGGUCGGGACACAACAGAAGAGGGGUCAGAAAUGGUUCCAGGUAAAGUGACUCUGGAUGAGAAGGUGGUCCAGGUGUCAGCUGGAGACAGCCACACAGCUGCACUCAUGGAGGACGGAUCAGUGUACAUCUGGGGCUCUUUCAGGGACAACAAUGGUGUUAUUGGUCUUCUGGAGCCCAUGAAAACUUCAACUGUUCCAGUCAAAAUGCCCCUGACAGAACCUGUUGUGAAAAUUGCAUCAGGUAACGAUCACGUAGUCAUGGUGACGCUGGACGGAAAUCUUUACACAUCGGGCACGGCGGAGCAGGGGCAGCUGGGCAGAGUGCCGGAGCAUUUUUCAAACAGAGGCGGCAGGAAAGGUCUUGCGCGGCUGCUGGAUCCACAGAUUGUAAAAGUCAAAGGGAAAGUUCACUUCAUUGAUGCCUUCUGCGGGGCGUACUUUACCUUUGCCGUGUCAAAAGAUGGACACGUGUAUGGAUUUGGCCUCUCUAACUAUCAUCAGCUGGGCACUAAAAACACCAAGAUGUGUUUUGUACCCGUAAAACUGACCUGCUUCAAGAACUCGACCACCUCCUGGGUGGACUUCUCCGGAGGACAACAUCACACACUCUGCCUCGAUGCUGAAGGGCAGGUUUAUAGCCUGGGCAGAGCAGAGUACGGGCGUCUUGGCCUCGGCCAAGGGGCAGAAGAAAAGAGUGAGCCCACGCCUGUGAUGGGGAUGGAGCCGGCUAGAGGAGUGUCAUGUGGAGCAUCAGUCAGCUACGCCGUCACCAGAGAAGGAUCCGUGUACGCCUGGGGCAUGGGCACCAACCUGCAGCUCGGCACAGGAGAAGAAGACGACGAGUGGAGCCCCGUGAAGAUGACCGGCAAACAGCUGGAGAACCGUGCAGUACUGAUGGCCUCCAGUGGGGGGCAGCACACGGUCCUUUUGGUUAAAGACAUGCAGGAGAGCUGAUGUCCUCCCUUUGCGACGGUGAAGGGAGGUGUUUCGAUCGAUUCCAAGGUGGGGCCUUGUUCAGGGGUGCCUAAAUCUAAGGAGGGGGGUUAAUCGGUUAUGUGGCUUCCUGUGUUGAGCCGAAGGAACGUGAGAUGUGCAGGGCGGAGGGGGCGAAGUGAGGUUUGACCUCUUUUAUGAGAACUCUUCUUAGCAUGUGGACAUUGUUCAUGGAUGUUUUGGUAGAUCAUGACAAAUGAGAGACUAUUUUUUUAAACCUAGUUUUUGAUGUUCCUUUGAAUUCUUUUCAUUAAAAGUCAUUUGUAUGACUGUAAAAAUGGUAUGUGUGAGAUUUGUGAAUUUUACUGUGCAUGUACAUAAAAGGAAAGGAGAGUUCAAGCUGUUUAAUCACUUCAUUUUAAUGUUUUCUUUAAAGCAAUAAUUAGAUUGGGCUUGGUUAAAUCUUUAUAAACAGAUAUUUUGCACAUUCAUACGCAGAAUAUAUAGACAAGCCCCUUGGAUAUCGGCCUUUGGCCCCAGAGGCUGCGUCGUAGAGAUUAUAGUUGAAGGGUUCAGACAGGACAUCUAUAAUUGGUGAGUUUGACAUGUGCGACUACUGUUCAUUGUACCCUGUGCACACAAAGUACUGUCACUAUUUGGACAUUUGUUAACACAUCAUACUGUAUCCUGAAUUUUGGUGCUUUUGUCUGAAAAUAAAGAUGAUUUUUAAAAGAA